AUGACUCCUAUCCCGAUGAUGUUAAGUAGGCCUUCUAUCCCAUUUCUCCAUUCAAUGCUUCCGAAAGGCCUGCUUCGGAGUCGGAGUGAACAUCGGAGUCUCACCCCCGCUUCCGCCGGUGUGAAAACGUCGCAUAGCGGGCGGUGUGUUGCUCGGCGCAGCAAAACAGGGGUUAGAAGCGCAGCCCAGCCGAAAUUUGCAAGAUCACCGAUGCACAGGAUGCCGACGCCGACGUCAAUAAACCGACUAACUGCGAAAUCCGCCAAGCUCCCUGCCUGUGAUCCGUGCCGAGCGAUAAAGCUCCGGUGCGACCAUGACAGACCCGUUUGUUCACGCUGCAGGGAGCGAGGCCGAGGUGCUGAUUGUACAUACCGUUCACGACCUUUCAAAAGACCAUCUGCUCGGGCUGCAAACUGGCGAAGGCAAGAAAAUGAUCAGACCCAUUCCGAAGUCACAGCCAAUGAAGCUAUCAACGCUCCGGGGAUUGUCACAGCUGUUCAAUAUCCCAACCCAGGGUAUUUGGGUUCAUCGAGCCAUACAACGUUUUUCGAUCAAUUGCAAUUCCAGAAGACCGCAGAAGUGGGUCCGACGACUGAAAUCGAAUCAUGUCCAAAUCCGGCCGAUGACUAUAUUUUCGAUGACAGUUGUAUCGCCAAAGGUGCUGAGCUAAUUCUGGAAUUGCACCGAGAAUCAUUGAUUCCGCAGUUCACCCAGCUUUUCAGGAGAUGGAUAGCCACGGGAACAAAUCUUGCUUUAGCUGGCCCCUUGACUACCCCUUGCGCAUCUACAGCUUCUCACUUGAUAUCAGGAUAUGAUGGAACACAUGCAUCGGCGACAAGUAUUUCCAAGCGUCUCUUCUAUAAUUCCCGCUGUCCUCUCCGCCUCAAUAGUCACACAACAUUGGACGAAUACUGCGCUAACUUUUGCGGACCUCAUGCGCGAUGGGAAACAUUGGGUCUUUUUUGUACCGCUGUCUGUCGAGCGUCUAUUGACUUGACAUAUGCAGAACCAAUGUAUGGGUCGGAGCAACAGCGUCGUAGGAUACAGAAGUUGACGCUCUCGUACUCAGAUCAGUUUCUGGAUCUAUGCUUACCCCUUGACUGUAUGAAUGACCUCCAACUCUUUUUGACCUACGAGAAUUUCAUAUCUCAUUCGCAGGUUGAUGGGGACCAAAGCUACCUGUCCUGGAGAAAAUUGGGGGAUGUCGCAGCUGCUCUUUUUGCCCUUGGGUACCACCAACAACAAACAGAAUCUUUUCGUGCAGCCCCUACCUUCCUACGGGAUCUGCGGCAGACCGCCUUCUGUCGAGCAUACUCCGCCGACAAGAACGUUUCCAUUUUUCUUGGUCGGCCACCUCGAAUCCUACGUAAAUUCUGUCACUUUUAUCUACCUGGUGAUCAUAAUGAUGAUUCACACGAGGCAUCGCGCAGCCCAGCAAUUUGGCUUCAUACUGAAAAGCUGGACUUUGCUACUGAUUCAAGAUGGGCUGGUCUUUGUGCCAUUUUGAAGGAUGAUAUAUUGGACUUGUUCACCGAGGACAAUCAUGAUGAAAGGGCCCGAAGAGCAUGGCUCAUAGAGGCUGAUAUCCAGGCGCAAUGGCUUGCGGUUCCUCGAAGUUGUCGGCUGGAGGGCGGCCUUAAAGCCUGUGACCGGCGACCAGUAGAACGAGACUUCAUGGUUAACAUGAAGUUGAACUACUUACAUGUCCAAUUCCUUCUGCGGCUUGCAUUAGUCCGCCCUAUGUCCACGGAGCCCGACUCGGACUUGCUCAAUGUCUCCCUUGAAAUGUUGGGCCUUGUUGUAGAAACCAUUUUACUCAAAGAUCAGAUAGUGAACUCUGGUACAUCGCUCGUAUGGAAGGUUGCAUACUAUGGCUUGUCAGCUGCGGGAAUGAUUUGUCUCACUCUCGUCAACCGCUCAUUUGCAAUUGGAAGCUUCGCAACAAGUUACUCUAAAAUAUUCCAAGAGUUAAGCAUUCUUGCGGCAGAAAUCGAACGCGGCACAUUAGUAUAUGUGGACUCACCCAACUAUGCCUUGCUAGCUCGCGCAACCCAAACCAUAAAGGCUAUUCUUGAUCGUAUGAUGACACCUUCGGACAAUACAGUGGUGGCUCCAGAUAACCAACAUGAAGGGGCGGCUGCCUCUGAGCAAAGGGACGCCCUAUAUGACGAAUCCUGGGGGUUGUGGGACAAUACCAACCUCCAAGAAUUUGAACUCAGUUUCUGGCACAAUCUUGCCGGUCACCCUUCGCUAAACCAAUGA